AUGUCGGACUCUGAAUCUUCGUCCUCAUUGUGGGAGUCCGAGAAUGAGUUCUCGGAUGACUUAGGCGUUCGUCCGUAUAUCUUCGACCCACAGCUAGGAUCACACGAAGAAUCAGGGGAUGCCCAAGAACACGCCGCCGUCGGACGACGUGUGGAAGAAUUCGACUGGUGCUCCUGUGGAAACUGUAUGCCCAUGGAGGAUGAGAUAUCCCCUGUUUGCUGCAAUGAACAAGGCAGAGUGCAAGAUGUUAUGGAGGAUGCAAGUGUGUUGUGCAUCACAUACCACCACCUCUUCCACAAGCACUGCCUUGAUGCAGAUACAAUUGAUUUAGAGAAAAUACAAGAAAGAACUGUAGGCAUGUGA